AUUCGGAUUACAUUCUUAUAUUCGAGAGGUCUUAGGAUGUCGGAGAUAUUUCUACUUUAAUUAAGAACUUUCUAUCAUCAAUUUAUGAACUCCCUCGGAAAGUGUGAACGAGACAUGAUGUGCAGUAAGAAUCAAUUAGAUAAAUUCAAUUAACGAAUGGAAUUAUUGAUCUAUUCUUUACUCAUAGGAUCUUUAAAACAAACUUUCGGCGUGAUGUGCUCCCAGUGUGAUAGCGAUCUAGAUCCUUACUGCAUGGAGAGCCCACCAGAUCCAGUAAACUGUACAUUGUGUGGAUCAUUUGAUGAAAAUACGUUUGAAUGUGUCCAGUAUCAUGUAGUUGAAUAUUGUAUUACUGAAAGGAGAUACAUAAACGGCACCUUGGUGAGAAUUACACGAGAUUGUAGUCCAGCAUCCAUGCCAGAGUCCUGUGAAUUUAUUACUCAAUACGGGAAUAUAAUGAAAGUGUGCUUCAGAACUUGUAAGACUAACGGAUGCAAUUCUUCAGGGGAACAAGUAACCUCUACUGCAACUUUAAGAUAUCUUUAUUUAACUGUAGCAUUCUUAAAGUAUGUUUUAUUUCGGGAAUAAGUUUAUGAGUUGGAGGGCAACGUGAAUUACCAAACAUUGAAAGAAGUCGCGUGUAUCAGCUUAAACAAUGAACAACACACUCAAUGUGUUUAUUGUGUACCAGAUUACACAGUGUGCAGUGUAUUACACACUCAAUAUGAACAUACUGCAGCAAACUACCAACUCAAUAUAUUUUGCGUGUGCCACCUAGCGCUGGGUGCAGUGAACUAGACAUUAGCAUGUUUUUGCGGACUAGCUUGCACAGUGUGCAUUGAACUACACGCUAAUUAUAUUUUGUGUUUUUUGAAAAGUGUGCAGUGAAUACGCACUAUGCAUGUUUUGCCCGUAACAGCUUGCACAGUGUGCAGUGAACUACAAUCUCAUUAUAUUUCCUUGCACCAUAUUGAAUAGUGUACAGGGAACUAGAAACUCAGCAUAUUGUGUGUGUACCAGCUUGCCAUGUGUGCAAUGAAUUGAACACGCCAUGCAACAUGUUCAUUGCGAAAACUUGAAGACAAUAUGUCAGCAUGUUUACAAUAUAUGCAUAUACAUACGUCGCUAUGUCAAAUGUUUUCACAUUGUUCUAUGUUUUCAAUAAUAUAUUCUCUUGGACAGUAUUUUCUGAUAUACAUAUAUGCAAAAUAGAAGUAUUUCCAGGACACAAAACAGAAGUG